AUGCCUCCCAAGAAAUCCAAGAAGGGUAGCCUCAAGCUGCAAGACAUGAGCGCAGCUUCGUCGUCCGCGCCGACUCAAGCUGUGGCAUCCCCUGCCACAGCGAGUCCAUCACCAAUCUCACCCAUCAGCUCCCGUCCGGAUGGUCGGUCGCCAGUCCGCUCGUUCACCUUCGACAGCGUCCUCCACAGAUCGAGCACCAAAACUCCCUCACUCGAGCAGGCCGAUCCAGAUGCUGGCAAUGUGUUGCGACAAACCAAGACCGCGCCAGUCAUCAGCAAACGACACAAGUCUGAUGGUGCAGUGAUCGCACCAAGUACAACACCAACCGAUGCUUUCUUCCAGAAGAGAAGGAAAGAGACAGGAAGCCUUGACCACUACGGUCGACAUGCCAACGACUGGCUUUUUGGUGGACUGGGAAUAAGAGAGACUGCCAAAUCUAUCAUAUCGCGACAGAAUAGUCGAUGA